AAGGGCGGUCCUCGGUAGAAAAAGGAAAGUAUGGAACACAGGCAGCAGAGUUUUGACGGGAAGGUACACGGCCAAAACGAUAAAAUAUAGGACGUCUUUGAGGCUAAACAUCUUCAAAAGGAUAUGUAAUUUGCUGCUUAUUAGCCUACGCCUGUAUUUCUUUUGUUAAUCUGUAUUCUCCGCUGUGUGUUUGUUUAAAGUUACCCGACUCGUGUUGGUGUGAUUUUGAUUGAUUAGUCAGUUAAGAUUAUCAGUAACGUUACAUUCAUGGCUUUGCUAGCGAGCGAUCAGGGCUGCAAACUGAACGGGACGUCGGCGAUUUACGGCCGAGUUGGACCAAAAAAAGAAGUGUUUCAAGGCCAAACGGAGGGCUUUAAAACUGGCAAAAUGCAGCCAAAAGAGACGGAGUAUUCAACAGAUGGCCUGCCCAAAGCCUUUCUGCACAGCCUGAGGACCCUGUUUGACAUUUUGGAUGAUGGUGGACGGGGCUAUGUCCACAUCUCCGAGAUCGAGAGCCGCUGGCAGGGGGCAGACACCCGGGAACUGCCCGGCGGGGUGCUGGGCUGCCUCAGGAGGGUCACCCCACCGCAUGGCUGCCUCACCUUUGAGCGGUUCGUUGCGGGGCUGCGUUACUCCAUGCUCAACCCCGAGCACAGCGCCCUUUUCAAAGCCCAGGCUGCUGUUCACCCACAGCAGGCACCAAAGCAGCCCCAGAAACCCGACCCGCUGUCCACAUGCAGUGUUGGGACACGGGUUGAGAACAAGGUUCGUCCGCUGGGACCGAGCAACUUGACAAACACCCAGCAGCACCGGGCGUCGUCUCUGCAAAGCCGGGCCAGGCCAGAGGAGGGGCCUGGGUACCCCGCGUGUGGACCUGUGCGGUACGGCGCGGGCUUCGAGAGGCCCGGGCGGAGUUUGGAGCAGAGUUCCGUCGCUACAGGCGGCGGGUGUUACCGGGCCACCAAAACCACCAAACCCACACAGCCUCAACAGAGCCGGGUCAGGUCAAUUGAGUCGCUCGCUCUGGAGUCACCGCAGCUCCAAGGAAGUGUUGUGAAAUCAGGCUUACCAAGAUCUCAGAGCGAAUCAGCAACAGGAUUUACUAGCGGAUCCAGGCGACAUGGGCGGAGUCGGGAAGAGCAGAGGCGGCAUACCAUAUCCAACGGAGUCGAUUACGGAAUGUUGAAGCAAAUGAAAGAGCUGGAGCAGGAGAAGGACUCCCUGCUGGCGGGCCUGGAGGUGGUGGAGCGGGCCCGCGACUGGUACCAAGGACAAAUCCACAACGUCACAGAGAGACAGCGGCAGGUCGGCCAGAGCUCCCACUGCACGGAAUUCUUCACGGAAGCCAAUCAGAGUCGCAUGAAUGUUCUAAUUCCCAAAUUGCAAGAAGUCAACCGCUGCCUUAACGACCUUAUUUCCUGCUCUGGGAUGCAGUCAUUUCCUUCCAGCGCUGCUCAGACAGCAGCUAAUCCCAAGCCUCCGGGUCCAGCCCCUCCACAAGCCAUCCAGAGACUGAAGGACCAGAACCGACUUCUCACACAGGAGGUGACGGAGAGGAGCGAGCGGAUCGCGCAGCUGGAGCAGGAGAAGUCAGCAUUGAUAAAACAGCUUUUUGAGGCUCGAGCCCACAGUGCACAAGACACCAGCACCAUGGACUCCACUUUCAUCUAACAAAAAAGUUACACUCUAACCAACAGCAUAGCAUGUUGGCACCAUGAUUCAGCAUGGAAUCAUGGUGAUGCUCGUCUGGAGCAAAACGUUUACAAGACUGUAAGCUGACUGUUGUUUACCCACACUUGCAGUAGCAGUGACGCACCUUUCAGCCAUGACAACCCCUCACCCAUGACUGCAGCAUGUAGCUUCUCCACU